CGGGCAUCUCGAGGUGCUUGUGGCUCAGGAUGAGCCUGGAGCAAACUGCGGCGGCCCUGCAGGCCAAAAACGAUCAAUUGGCGCAGGAAAAUUAUCAUCUGAAGACGAUGCUGGGUCUGCUUCAGAGAAACGAUCUGAAAGCCAGGAUGCCCAGCGGCAGCAGCAGCAGCGAGGACACACUGGCUGAUUUGAUAGCCGGCAACAAGCCGUCCGGCCUGUGGCAAAACACGGUUGACGAGCAGCACUUCAGGAGAGAUCUGAAGCAGACCAGGCCCAAACUGGAACACAGAACGUCGUCUCCUAUCAACUUCAAGUCUUUCCUCCAAAGCUCGGUGCUCAAAGAUGCCGAAGAGGCGGCGGAGCUUCAGACCCGCCAGACCGAUGUUGCUCCCUGUGCCUCAGGUCCAACGAGGCUGUUUGGUGAGAUUGCCUAUCAGCUGGACAGGAGGAUUCUGUCCUACGUGUUCCAGGCUCAUCAGAGGCUCUACGGUUUCACACUCCUCAACAUACCAGAGAAGAUCAUUGAGGUGAGCACACACCCUCUGACGGGGAAGGUGGAUGGGGCCUAUCAGCUCCACCUUUCCAAGAGGUACACAGAGCUCAUGGAGCUGCUCGGCCAGCUCGGCUACAAAGCAGCUCUCCACCCCGCUUUCUGUGAGUUCGUUGUCAAUACAUAUGGGAUUCUGAAGGAGAGGCCGACGAGAAGCAGCCAAGAGGCCAGCUACAACGAUCCAGAUUUUCUGAUGAGUCUGAUAGAGAACGCCGCUCCGAGGAGACUGCACAAAGACCUGCUGCUGUUGCUGUCUUGUCUCUGCUACAUGGCGGCAAAGGACAACAAGCCUCUCCUUGCGUGGUAGUCAUCCCCGCACCCUGGCAGAAUUUGCGCCUUUGUGAAAUAAAUAGUGAGAUGUGAGAAA